GGACCGGACCUCGCCCUCCCCGGCCCCGCGGCGGCGGGGAGGGGCAGCCGGCAGCCGCUCCCGCCCGCGGCCGCUCCCUCCUCUGCUCUUCCCUCCCGGCCGCUCCGCGCCCCGCCCGCCGCCCGGCCCGCCCUCCCUCCGCGCUCGCUCGCUCGCUCGCUCGCUCGCUCGCCUCCGCCGCCCAAACUUUUCUCCGGGCGCGUCUCCCCGGCGGCCGCCCCCGCGCAUGGGCGCCGCGCCGCAGGGGGCCUGACCCCCGCCAGGUCCUCCCGCCGCGCCAUGGCGGCCCGCGCGCCCCCCGCCGCACCUGCGGCCGAGGAGCCGGGGGGCCCGGGCGGCCCCCCGCGCAGGAAGAAGUCCCGCUCCGGCGUAUCGGGCCUCCGCCGCGCCUUCAGCUGGCUGCGGGGCAAGCGGCGCAAGAAGAAGGCGGCGGGGGCGGAGGGCGGCGAGCCGGCAGUCCCUCGGGCCAAGAAGGCUGACGACAAGGCCAAGAGGGCCAAGGGCAAAAGCCGAGGCUCUGCCAAGGCUGAGAGUGACAAACGUCAGAGUGCGGGGCCUGGCCAGGGGUCAGGGUCCAUAGUAGAUGAGCACCAGGACAAUGUCUUCUUCCCGAGUGGGCGACCGCCUCACCUGGAAGAGCUGCACACACAGGCCCAGGAGGGGCUUCGUUCCCUACAGCACCAAGAAAAACAGAAACUGAACAAAGGUGGCUGGGACCAUGGAGACACCCAGAGCAUCCAGUCCUCCAGGACUGGGCCGGAUGAAGACAGCAUAUCCUUCUGCAGCCAGACCACAUCCUACACAGCUGAGAGCUCUACGGCAGAGGACGCGCUCUCCAUCCGCUCAGAGAUGAUCCAGCGCAAAGGCUCCACCUUCAGACCCCAUGACUCAUUUCCCAAAUCAUCUGGAAAGUCAGGGCGACGUCGGCGGGAGCGUCGGAGCACUGUGCUGGGUCUCCCUCAGCAUGUACAGAAGGAACUUGGUCUGCGGAAUGAGCGUGAAGCACCAGGUACUCCUCGGCUUCCUGGUCCACAGGAUGCUGUCCGAAUCCCCACGGUGGACGGUCGUCCAGCUGGCAUGGCCUUAGGAACUGGAGUCCGGGUAUCCCUGCAAGCACUGGAGGCAGAGGCAGAGGCUGACGCCAAAACAGAGGCCAUGUUGCAGCGCCAUAUCGACCGUGUCUACCGGGAUGACACCCUUGUUGGUCGGUCCACAGGGGCCCGGCCCCCUCCAUUGACCCGGCCCAUGUCCCUAGCAGUACCUGGACUGACAGGAGGUGCAGGGCCUCCAGAGCCUCUGAGCCCAGCCAUGUCCAUCUCACCCCAGGCCACCUACUUGUCGAAGCUUAUCCCACACGCUGUGCUGCCACCCACCGUGGAUGUGGUAGCUCUGGGCCGCUGCAGCCUGCGCACGUUGAGCCGCUGCAGCCUUCUCUCUGCUAGCCCGGCCUCCGUCCGCUCCCUGGGUCGCUUUUCCUCAGUCUCCAGCCCCCAGCCCCGCAGCCGCCACCCUUCCUCUUCCAGUGACACCUGGAGCCACUCUCAGUCCUCCGAGACUGUUGUUUCUGAUGGUUCCACCCUCUCCUCAAAGGGGGGUUCUGAGGGUCAGCCAGAGGGCUCUGUGGCCAGCAGUAGCAUGGCGCCACCUCCCCAGGGGGGCAGCGGGAGGGGCUCCCCUAGUGGGGGCAGCACUGCUGAGGCCUCAGACACAGUGAGCAUUCGGAGCAGCGGGCAGUUGUCUGGCCGGAGCGUUUCCCUGCGGAAGCUGAAACGGCCUCCUCCACCUCCUCGCCGGACCUACUCCCUCCAUCAGCGGGGCUCAGAAGCACCCGAUGGGCCCUUAGGGUUGCCACCCAAGCCCGAGCGGAAGCAGCAGCCACAGCUGCCCCGGCCACCCACCACAGGUGGGUCAGAAGGGGUUGGGGCAGCACCUUGCCCACCCACCUCAGCAGGUAGUAGCUGGGUGCCUGGCUUGUCUCCUGGUGGCACCCGGCACCCCCCACGCUCCCCAGAACGGACACUUUCACCCUCUAGUGGAUACUCAAGCCAAAGUGGUACCCCGACCCUACCUCCCAAGGGUCUAGCAGGUGCCCCUGCUUCCCCAGGCAAGGCCCAGCCUCCUAAACCAGAGAGGGUCACUUCCCUUCAAUCUCCUGGGGUCUCUGUCUCCUCUUCCCUCACUUCUCUGUGUUCCUCCUCCUCUGAUCCUGCCCCUUCGGACCGCUCUGGUCCACACAUGUCCAUCCCCCUGAGUGAUAGGUUUGUCAUACCUCCUCACCCCAAGGUGCCUGCCCCCUUUUCUCCUCCUCCUUCUAAGCCCAAGAGCCUUAAACAAGCUGCCCCUACAUUGGUUCCUGGGCCUGUCUGUACCAUUGAUACUAGCUCUGAGUCCCUUCCCACUCCCCAGACAUCUCUGGCCCUAUCCCAGGAGACUCCUGUUGUCUCCAAAGAUCAGUCACCCCCACCAUCCCCACCCCCAUCUUAUCAUCCACCCCCACCACCUAAUAAGAAGCUAGAGGUGGUUGAGGAGGCCCCAUCUGCCCUAGAGUCUGCUGAGGAGCCCCUCCCAGACCCUAGCUGGCCCCCACCCCCACCUCCUACACCCGAGGAGCAGGAUCUGUCCAUGGCCGACUUUCCCCCACCUGAGGAGGCCUUUUUCUCUGUGGCUAGCCCUGAGUCUGCAGUCCCCCCUGAGCCUGUCAGCUCCCUGGCUGCUCCCCAGAGCCAGCCCCAGGGAACCCCAGACCCUCCCCCAGCCCCACCUGCCCCACCUCCAAGUAGUUCUGUCCCAGAGCUGGCCAAGCUCCCUCAGAAGGAGCCAGUAGGCUGCAACAAGAGCAGUGGGGCUUCCAGGGACGAAGCUGGUGUGCCCCUGGUCACCCCUUCACUCCUGCAGAUGGUGCGGCUGCGCUCUGUGGUCGCUCCCACAGGUGCUCCAACCUCAGCAUCAGGACUCUCAGCCCCCCAGAAGCCACUGCGAAGGGCCCUGUCAGGGCGGGCCAGUCCUGUGCCUGUCCCCUCCUCUGGGCUCCACGCUGCCGUCCUACUCAAGGCCUCCAGCCUGGCUGCCAGUGAGGACCUCGGAAGUGCCCAGCCCAAUGGACCACCUGAGGCCAGGCCACACUCUCCCCAGUCUCCUGCCUCAACAGCCAGCUUCAUCUUCUCCAAGGGCACUAAGAAGCUGCAGCUUGAACGGCCAGUCUCCCCGGAGGCCCAGGCUGACAUCCAACGGAAUCUGGUGGCUGAACUUAGAAGUAUUUCAGAGCAGCGGCCACCCCAAGCCCUGAAGAAGCCUCUGAAGGCUCCCCCACCUGUGGCCCGCAAGCCUUCUGUGGGAGUCCCCCUACCUGCUUCUCCCAGUUUUCCCCGGGCUGAGCCCAUAACUGCUCCUCCUACCAAUGGGCUCCCUCAUGCUGAGGACAGGACUAAGGGGGAGCUGGCAGAGAAUGGAGGUGUUGUGCAGCUGGUGGGCCCAGAGAAGAUGGGUCCCCCAGACUCAGACCCACAGAAAGAGCUGGUCUGACCGCACUGGCACUGCUGACCCAUCCCAGGAAUACAAUCUCUCAGGGACCUGAGCAGCUCCAAGGACGAGAGGACAGCAGACACAACCUAAGAGAGGACGCCUGCAGCCUUAACCUCCACGGCCUUUGAUAUUUAUGCAAGCCUGGUGUCGCCCGUCCUUCAGAUCACCCAGCUCUCAUGCCUUUCCCCUCACAGGACUCGCCUCCAGCAGCUGCUGCUUCAGCUUUGGCCUUAGCCUCUUCGUGAAGGAGGUAGCUGGUGGGAGUGGGUGGCUGCGCCCCCUGCUGGCCCUGAGGCCACAGAGGUGGGAGCGGAACACUUGUUUUUCCCCCAUGUCCAAAUCAUGCACAUACUGUAGUCCAGAAUCAAAGCACUUUUGCGAAGUGGCUGCAUGUCCAUUCUCCAGGGCUUGUGAAGCCACGUUCCAAGGGCCUGUUUACAUGGUGGCAGCAUCAAUCCUUGGGAGCCAGCCCAUAGCUGGGACCAAUCUGUCCCUCCUCCACAAUCUAGUUUGCUCCUUUUCUUAGUUCUUGGAGGUGGGCGAGUCACAUUCCCACAGGCUCCUCCAGGCUGGGGGCAGGAAUGGGGCUGUGGAAUUCCAAAGCACAAAAGGUGCAGUGGGGGAUAACCUUCCUGUGCCUCAGUUUACCACCAACAUCCUGCCUUCUAGCUCUGCCAGGUGCUUUAUGCAGGGGACAAGAAGUAGGAGACACCCAGACUCUUUAAAAGGGUAUGGGGAGGAAGAAGCAGAGGGCAGGUUUGUAGGCUCUCUGUUCUUAAAAGCAAAUAACAGUAGCAGGUCAUCUCAGCAGGUCCUUGGCAUGCCAAGCAUCUGCCCCUUGCUUGAAUGAUCCAGGAGGCACAGCUUCAGAGGCAGGGCCCAUGGGCUGUGUCCCUUUCAGCUUCAUAGGGAGUACUGAGACAGGAGGGGAGAUCUGGCAGUGGGAGCUUAUUUGGGCAGCAGCCCAGAUCUGGCUCUUGCACUUUAUUUUCUGACUUUUCUCUACUCUUUGGUGCAUGUCCUUGCUGCCUUUCAGCAUAAGUGAUUCCACUAGGGGAGCUGACACUGAGUGGCAAGGAUGGGAAGCCGGAGGUGCAGUCUUCAAAACCUUCCCUAGUCAGAGGGGACCCAGGUGGCCUCUGCUACUGAUCUCUCCUUCAGGAAUUUUAAUUACCUUUCUGUUUUCAGCCUAUAUGACUUAUCUAGGUAAGGUGGCUUCCUCAUUGGUCCCCUUGGCUCCACAGGUGGCCCUAGUGCCUCCCUGUAUAGCAGUGUGGCUGCCACCCAGGUCCACCCCUUCUUGAUCUUUUCUUCUCAGCAGUGACUCAGCCUGGAGCCUGGCAAGGAACCUUUUAGCUUCACCGCAGCAGUGACACACUGGCCCCUGCCACUUACCCGUGGGGACCUGGGUGAGGGGAGGGUGUGGCCCUGGGUUCCUCUGGCCUGCUCUAGGGUUUUGUUUGUUUGCCACUGUUGUCUUCUCCCUGUAGUUACAAACCAACAUCUUUCCCUUGACCUAUGGGUAAUGGGGAGCUGCUGCUGGUAUAUGUUGCACCUGCCCAGUGAGUAGGGGAAGGACAAUCAGUAAGUACUGUUCUGCUUGGAGCUUCUGAUCUAUCCUGCCCCAGGACCCAGAACCUAGGAGCGGUCAAAGCCCCAUGAACCAGGCCUCAGAACUGCUGGAGGUGGAAGGGAGCCUGACUUCUCUUCAUUCCCAUGUUACUGGAGCUCUUAUUCUCAGUUGGGCUCUUCUGAGCUUGUUCCCCCACCUGGUGGGCCAGAGCACAAAGGAGGGGGGAAUCUAGAAGAGGCAACUUUCCUUUGUUCUCUGGGGUGAAUGAGCUUGACCUCGUGCAAAUGGAGAGACCAAAAGCCUCUGAUUUUUAAUUUGCAUAAAAAUGUUAGAAGAGAGAAGUAUAUAUAUAUAUAUAUAUUUCUUUAAAUUUUUGAGUCUUUGAUAUGUCUAUACAAAUAAUCCAGUCCCUCUGCCCUGAAAAAGCUCUGUGUUUCAUUUAAAAGGUGUUAAUUAAUUAAUUAAAUGAUUGAAACUUG